UAAUAGGUGGUAGGUAGGUGGGAAUUGAUAGCACUCAGGAUGACGUAAUGCAGCUUCUACGCCUUUCGCAUAUUUGCACUAAUUAGGGAGUAUAUCUUUCCAUGACCUACCACAUGAGAUUUUCUUUCAAAUCAAUAACUUAUUUAUACCUCAAAAGUCAUCCACCUUCAGCCUCGAGUAACGACCGUUUAAGCUCUCCGAUAGUUUCAUACAAAAAAAAAUGUCACUGAUGCCUCACACUGGACGCGCAUUCCCUUGGUGGAAUCGCGCACUUGAAGAAAUUUAUGACCCCUUCAGACGCCUUGGCAAAGGAACCCACGACAUUCUUUCUUACUCUCCACUGCUCGAUGUUCAUGAGACUAAGGACAAAUAUUACCUUGUCGUGGAUGUCCCUGGCGUGGAGAAGAAGGAUAUUGACAUCGAAUUCUCCGAUCAUAGUACAAUUCACAUAAAGGGACAUUCUGAGCAUUCAAAAACCUCAGAAGAUCCUGAGCAUUCUUGGUUGUACUCAGAGAGAUCUACUGGAACCUUCAAGCGAUCUUUUAACUUCCCAGUCGCAGUUAAUGAUGAUCAUGUUGAUGCGACCUUGAAGAAUGGUGUGUUGUCUAUUACUGUCCCGAAAUCUCAGCAAUCAUCUGAGACGAAGCGGAUUAAUAUCAAGGAAGACCUCUGAGUGAGACAGAUAUGAGGAUAUAGUGAUACUCGGAACUGACUUUCUUUGGAACUGAUUUUGAAUUCAAAUUGUACCUAGUUGUACUGAAAGCUAUUUCUUGAAUCUCGAGUCAGGAUUAUGAUGAACCAUGAACCAUGAUCGUAUUUACAAUUUGUUCAUGACACACAUUCAAGUUUUUUAUAGAGGGCUACUUAGGAAGUAGUCAGUUAGAGGUCCCGAAAAACAAG